CUGGCUCAGCCUGCCUCCCUCUCUUCUGCUCGCUCUCCUUCCUCUCGGCAUCCUUUCACUCUUCGUCUUCUUCACUUUUUCCCAAGCCUGGAGCUCCCACAGUCUUCGUCCAGCAGCCAAGAAAAUGAAAGGCAGUUUUUCCCUCCUUUUUGCAUCCACCUGUUCCUUCUUACUGUUGUAUCUACAAGGAGGAGCAUGUUCAGAGGGCGAGCACAAGCUCUUCUCCGUCAUCUUUUCCAAGUACAACCAGUUUAUUCGACCGGUGGAGAAUGUGUCUGAGCCAGUCAUUGUACAGUUUGAGGUGUCCAUGUCCCAGCUGGUCAAAGUGGAUGAAGUCAACCAGAUCAUGGAGACCAACCUGUGGCUCAGACACAUCUGGAAUGACUACAAACUCAAGUGGAAUCCCAAAGAUUUUGGAGGCGUAGAGUUCAUACGAGUGCCAUCCAACAGGAUAUGGAAGCCUGAUAUUGUACUGUACAAUAAUGCAGUAGGAGACUUUCAGGUUGACGACAAGACAAAGGCUUUACUUCGGUACAACGGCGAGGUCACGUGGAUUCCCCCUGCCAUUUUCAAGAGCUCGUGUAAGAUCGACGUAACCUACUUCCCCUUCGACUACCAGAACUGCACCAUGAAGUUCGGCUCCUGGACCUACGACAAGGCUAAGAUUGAUCUGGUGCUGAUCGGCUCCACCAUCAACCUCAAGGAUUUCUGGGAGAGCGGCGAAUGGAUGAUAAUUGACGCCCCUGGUUACAAGCACGACAUCAAGUACAACUGCUGUGAGGAAAUCUACACCGACAUCACGUACUCUCUGUACAUCCGCCGCCUUCCACUCUUCUACACAAUCAACAUGAUUAUCCCAUGCCUGCUUAUCUCCUUCCUCACUGUUCUCGUUUUCUAUUUGCCGUCUGACUGCGGCGAGAAGGUUACGCUGUGCAUCUCCGUGCUGCUCUCCCUCACCGUUUUCCUCUUGGUCAUCACCGAGACCAUCCCCUCCACCUCGCUGGUCAUCCCCCUGAUUGGCGAGUACCUCCUUUUCACCAUGAUUUUCGUCACCCUCUCGAUCGUCAUCACCGUGUUCGUGCUAAACGUCCACUACCGCACGCCCAAGACACACACUAUGCCGCGGUGGGUACGCGGCAUCUUUCUGGGGCUGCUGCCCAAAGUCAUGUUCAUGACCCGACCGGGGAGGGACCCGGAGAAGACGAGCGAGACAGUUCAAAUGAUCCGCACAAGACCGUGCGACGUUCAUGCCGCAGUGUCCCACCACAAAACUCAGGCUCUGGCCUCCAGCGUGGUGGUCGGCCUGACAAACCGCCAAAGGCCCCCAAAUUCCACGGAGCUCUCUAAUCUCAACAAUUUGAACACAGGUGAGUUGUCGGGCUCACUGUGCUGCGAAGGACGCUGCAACGGCUGCUGGCACCGGAGAACCGGGAAACUUCCGGCAGACUCCGGAGGAGGCGCAGGCUUGGGCAAUAUUGGGGUCCUGAAUACAGGUGGCGUGACCAGUGCAGGUAGCCAGUGCUCCAGCUCAGAGUCUCUAGAUGCGGGAGUACUAUCCUUGCUGCCGUUCUCCCCUGAGAUCAGGGAGGCUAUCGAGAGUGUCAAAUACAUCGCAGAAAACAUGAGAAUGCAGAAUGAGGCAAAGGAGGUUCAAGACGAUUGGAAAUAUGUCGCCAUGGUGAUCGACCGCAUCUUCCUGUGGGUUUUUGUCUUGGUGUGCAUCCUGGGAACCGCCGGCCUUUUCCUCCAGCCCCUUCUUCUUGGGGAAGACAUAUGAAUACAUUUUCGUUGUUAUUUUUGUACCAAUAGAGACUCACUGAUUCUGGGAGAAUUAGAGAUACUGAUUUUUAAGACCUUGUCUAAAACCGGACAUGAACAUAAGUAAUUGAAAAUAUUAAACCAUAAGGUUUUCAAAUUGAGUUUUAAAGCAUGAAACAAAAAUUGAGAAAACAUUGUGAUCAAGGAGCGACACCCUAUGGUAAUGCUCCGCUACUACAACAAAAAGCAGGCAGCAGUGGAGUUCCCUUCGUCCAGUUGGAUGAUCCCAGAUGACUUUCAUCGAGAGGCACUGACGGUACAGACUGAACUGAUCAACAGCCAAACAAUGAAGAAAAACGGACUCACUUCAUAUCUUUUGCUGAUUUAAAUGUCUUCAAUAAACUGAACAUGAGGUUUGGUCUUACAGAGGAAGACUGAAUAAACCUGUCAAGCAAAUAUAAAACAUUUGCAAUUAAUUUCCAAGUAUGAAUAAUGUUUUGUAUAUUGUAGUGUCUUUAACUGAAAACACUACUAUU